UUCUUUCCGUUCUCAACAUGGCUUGCAAGAGCUUGAGAGAGCGUGUGGAGUUAGUUUUUGAAAACGAAAAUUUUGAUGAGCUACCUCAAAUUUACGCCGAAUUAAAUAAAAAGUUUAAAUGUAAUUCUGUUUUGCCAUCUACUGACGUGUUGCAAAAACAACUUACUUUUGGUUUUAUCCAAAGAAAUUGCCAUGCAGAAUACUACCUUCCUGCCUAUGUGAAAGCAAAGAAGGAUGGUUGCGCAAUUACGUUGAAGUCUCAGGUCAAUGGAAAUUGCCUGUACAGUUCUAUGGCGUUGUGUUUGUUUGGGAAAAAUGUGAUGGUUGACGACUUACGAAUUCUUGUGUCAGUGGAGCUAAUGAUGAAUGCUAGCUUUUACUGUAAGCAUCCUCUAUUUUCUUCUAUCCUUGCUCUUCCAGAAAGUCUCUUUAAAUCUAUGGAAGAUAUUCUCAAUAUGUCUGUCUGCAAUUCUGCAUUUAACACAGACAAAAAACAAGAAGACUUAGUUAAGGAGGUAGCCAUUUUAAAUUUAGUAGAUCGGAAAUAUUGUUCCUUUCUUGCUAUGCUUGCUCUGUCAUCUGUCACAAACAGGAAUAUAUUUUCUUAUUACCCAGAUUAUGGAUGCAAAAAAGCUCAAAUGUUGUUUAACCAAUUAAUAGAGCCUAGACAACCAAGCUCUGCUUUUGCUAUUCACAUUUUGUUUUGCUAUGAGGGCUUACUUCCAUCCAGAGAAAAUUUUGCACCUAAUCAUUUCGUUCCAAUUAUUUUUAAGCAGAUACAUAAACGCAAGUCAGGUUCAGCUGCGGACACAAAAGUUUUAUCUCCUCCUGUGAAAAGGCAAACAAGGUUUUUUCCGGAUGCACAGGCAACAGGGAAAUUAUCUCUUGUAAAACCUGUGAUUAAAUAAUAAUAAUAAUAAUAAUAAAUAUUUAAAGUGGCUAGCCCAGAAAAUCACAAAAACCUAUAGUUAGUGGAUUGUUUCCACUGGGGGCCACUAGAACAAAAAAGAAACAAAAAAUGAUAAACCUUAGACUGCCUCAGCUCAAUCAAACAUAGUAACAUUUAUAAUCUGUGAAAAUUGAAAAGAAAAAGAAUAAAAAACAAAAAUUAAAAAAUUCAAAAGUGAUCUCCAUUAGAAUUUGCCAAAUACAUUAGAGAUGGAAGUCUUAAACGAAAGCAGACUUCCAUCACAGGUCACUUGGUCUGGAAGAUUAUUCCACACUUUUGCAGCUCUAAAUGGGAAGGCUUUUUUGCCAAAUUCCGUGUUGACCAAGGGAAGUGUGAACCUGUUUUUUGAAGCUCCUCUUGUUUGAUGAUUAUGACAGUUUUUUGUCAAAAGGAAUUUUGAGCGCAUGUAAUCAGGAGCAAUGUGAUUCAUGGCUUUAAAAACUAAUAUGGCAUCGUUUUUGAUGAGUAAAUUAUUCAUUGAAUAUUCCCUCUCUUUCCCAAGAAAGGUACGGACACAUUUUAAUCGUUUUUCUAGUUUUCCCAAUCUACCUUGGGUGGCACAAGCCCAUGCCGAGGAGCAGUAGUUGAAAUAUGGCAUGACAAGUGCAUUAAUUAAAAGGUUUUUUGUGUGAGGUGUUAAACAGGAUGCAAUGGUUCUAAUUUUAGAAUAUUUAAUUAGUAUUUUUCUAUUUAUGUCAUUAAUGUGCUUUUCCCAUUGCAUUUUUUGAUCAAAUGUUACCCCAAGAUAUUUAACUUUUUCGCUCCUCUUCAAAGGAAUACCCAUAUAGUUGAUAGUUUUGUUCUCAACUUUUUUUAACUGGCUGUGGUUGCCGAAAAAGAUUGUUUCAGUUUUGUCCGUAUUAAUAGUCAUUUUGUUAUUAUUCAGCCAGAGGUCGACUUGCGAAAGUUCUAACUCGACCUGGGAGACAAGGGUAUCCAAGUUUUUAUGAGACGAAAUAAUUAUUGUAUCAUCCGCAUAUAGAUGGUGGUAGUUUGAAUUGAUGACAGAUUUUAAGUCAUCAAUAUACAAAAGAAAGAGCAGGGGCCCCAACACAGAUCCCUGCGGCACCCCAAAAGCGUCUUCAUGAAGCAGAUCUGAUCCUGUGUCGUUUACAAGAGUCAGCUGCAUUCGGUCCGUUAAGUAGGACUCGAACCAGUCAAAGGCAGCAUCUCUGAUGCCAAAACACCAUAGUUUUUUUAACAAAAUUUUAUGAUCAACAGUGUCAAAAGCUUUUUUAAGGUCAAUGAGCACAGCACAAACAAAGUUAUGUUGGUCGAGCUCAGUAAGAAUAAAAUCAGAGACAUCGACUACUGCAGUUUCUGUGGAAAAGAGUUUUCGAAAUCCGGACUGUCUGUCAUUCAGGAAGUUGUGCUCAGAAAUAAAAUGAGACAUUUGCUCAUGCACUAACUUUUCAAAAAUUUUCAUAGGAAUUGGCAAAAUGGAGAUAGGCCGAUAAUUAGUAGGAUCUGUUUUAUUGCCACUUUUAAAAAUAGGCGAGACCCUUUUAGUCUUCCAACAUUUAGGUACAUAACCAGUAAAUAAAGAUUUGUUGAAAAGACUUGAUAAAUAAAUACUUAAAACUGACGAACCUGCUUUUAGCAGUCGUGAACCAAUUCCGUCCAAGCCUGUAGCUUUAUUAAGUUUUAGUGAUCUAAUUAUUUUUUCGACACUUUUGGUCUCAAUACGAGCCCACCGAAAAUCGUGUCUGCUAACAGGUGGAUUAACAUUAGUAGUGUCAGAAGAAAAUUUAGAGGCUAGUUUUGCACCAACACUGACAAAAAAUGAAUUGAAUGUGUUGGAAAUUUCUUUUGGGUGAGAAGUUUCUGUACCAUCGUUUUGGACUACUCGUUUUAUCGAGGUAGUAUUGCCUGACUUAUCAGGAACCAGUUUUUUUAGGGUUUUCCAAAGUUGUUUUGGCCGUUUUUGAAAGUCCUGCAAAACGUCAUUAUAGUACUCGUUUUUGAGUCGAUUUUUGAGACCUAUUACCUGGUUCCUUUUUUGUUUGAAAGCUUCCCAGUCUAUGAUGGAUUUUGUUUUUGAUGCUUUCCGUUUCAAGAAGUCUCUUUCUUUGAUGGCUAUUAUUAAUUCAUCAGUGACCCAUGCCUCAACACGGCCAGAAAAUCUAUGUGUUUUGAAAGGGGCAUGUUUGUCAGCCACUGUUUUAACAUUUUUAUUCAGUUUCUCACAUGCUUUAUCAAGGUCAUCAUAAUUAUUAAAAUAUGACCAGUCUAAAUUCCUGAGGUCUUUCAGAAAAGCCUCUUCACUGAAGUUCUUGUAGCUACGAACCUUGCAUGUUUUAGGUUCAAAUUUUGGCCUUUUGAAUUUUCUGAUCACAUAAACUAAAUUGUGAUCACUGAUGCCUAAAUCCAUGACACCAGUUUUAGAAAUACAAGAACUGUUAGAAAGUAUCAAGUCUAUAAGAGUGCUACUAUUUUCAGUAACACGAGUUGGCUCCGUAAUAUGUUGUUUUAGGAAAAGAGUGGAGCAUAAUUCCUUUAUUUUGGAGGAGAGAGCAUAUUUUGAAAGCAUGUUACAGUUAAAAUCUCCCAAGAUAAAAACUUCUUUCUCUUCUGGGAGCUUGUUAAAACACUGUUUAAAAUGAGUACACAGGUUUUCGGUACUCUGCAAAUCACUACCUCCAGGUGGCCUGUAAACCCCACACACGUAAAUAGGUUUAGUUUUUUUCAGGCACACUUUCACCCAUAGUGAUUCAACAUUUUCGAAGUAAAGGUGUUUCAAAAGGUGGCUAUCCAAGUUUUCAUUAACAAAAAUUAGAACACCCCCACCUCGUCUAUUCCGAUCAUUCCUAUAACAAACAUAGCCAUCAAUUUUAACGUCAUUGUCAGUGAUGGUGUCAUCAAUUUUGGUUUCACAGAUGGAGAAUACAUCAAGUUUUGUUUGAUGUAGCAGAAGUUUAACAUAGUCUAGUUUGGAUGACAGACCAUUAAUGUUGAGAUGGGCCAUUUUUAAGCCCUUCCCAUUUCUGAUUGCCUCAAAAUCAAAGUUUUCAUCAAUAGUAAUAUUGAUGUUGUCCGGAAUUUCGUCACCAAAUGACUCCUCAUUAGCAAAGGGCAAAUUACGAGAAAGACAGGGACUGCAAACGAAAAACAGUUUAUCUUCAGGAGUCUUCAUAAAUUGUUGAUAUUUUUUAUCAGAAAUACGCUCACAUUUUUUAUGAGCCCAUAAUCCACACUUGUCACAAGAAAGUGCUUUGUGUGUUUUUGCCACAGGUUUUAAGCAUGAAGAACAGGGAUACUUAACAGGACCUGGGUUGAGGCAGAUGUCCCCUGACAAGAGGAUUAAAAAAUAGAAAUACUUGUGCCUGCUUGGCUUAAGUUUUGAUAAAGCCAUUAAUUUUAAUUGGAGAGUGAGCUGGCUUUCAGAAACUCUAUUGCAGGCAUCAAGUGAAGAGAUAGAAAAGAAACUCCUAUCUAGUCGACUCAUUUCGUUGUUGUUGGGUGAGCUACUUUUGAACGAAGGUUUUGUAUUGCUCAAAAAUACAACGAACACAAAAAUCAGUUUUAGCGUAAAUGUGGGGUUUCCUACCUGAGUAAAGUUAUUUUUAAGUCGUAGAGAGAUCAUUCUACGGUUAUGUGCUCUUCCAAAACUAUGUUUGAAGGAUCUGAGGCAAGCCCAUUUCCUUACGAUGUUACACAGAAGGAGCAGCAGGAA